AUGGCGACGAUCUUUAUGCUAUUGAACGCCGGCAUUAAGGCUUCAUCUUCACAACUCCAACACCACCAAAUUCAAUCCCCAAAGCUUCAAAAUCAACAAGUUUUUAUUUCCCCCCCCCCCCCAAUGGCUUCAAUAUCGUCCACAUCGGCUUCACAUUUCGAUGAGCUUCGAUGGCUUAUCAACAUCCGUCGUUCCUUGGCUGAAGAACUUGAAGAAGAAGAAGAAAUCGAAGUCCCCGUUUCCAUUUUCAACGUCCCCAAAGCCCUGAUGCUAACUGAUCCUGAAUCUUACGUCCCUCAAUUGGUUGCUCUCGGUCCUUACCAUUAUUGGCGCCCCGAGCUCCAUGAGAUGGAAACCUACAAACUCGCGGCAGCCAAAAGAACCCAGAAACACCUCCAGUGCCUUCAGUUCCAUACUCUUGUUGAAAACCUGAUGAGAUUUGAACCCCGGAUUCGGGCGUGUUAUCAUAAGUAUCUGCAUUUCGACGGUGAAACUUUAGCUUGGAUGAUGGCCAUUGAUGCUUCGUUCUUGCUGGAGUUCCUACAAAUCUAUGGUAUCCGACAAGGGAAGAAGACACUAUCACGUAUGUCGGCUCACAAUUCGAUUCUGAGAGAUGUUGUGAUGCUUGAGAAUCAGAUACAACUGUUCAUUCUUCGAAAAGUGCUUGAAAUCCAGAAUUCGUCGUUGGAAUCGGCUGAUGAAUUGUUGGUUUCAAUGUUGAAUGGAUUAUCUAAAGAGCUCUCCCCUCUCAGGACGAUGGACCACUCGGUGAAGAUUGAUGUCUCAACGUGUGCUCAUGUUUUGAACUUCCUUCACGACACGAUCGUCCCCAAGCUUGAUGAAGAACAAUGUGAAACAAGCGAACCAGAAGACAAUAAAACGAGUGAUUCCCAAGUUCCGAAACAACUGCUCAGUGAGUCAUGGAAUCUGGUUUCUAGGAUGAAGAGAAAUUCAUUCAGAAUCAUCAAAGCUUUGCUGCAUUCGAGACCAGCUAGAGUCUUGCUUAAGUUACCGUUGAAAAUCGUCUCUAAUCUCCCUGGAAUUUUAAUCCUGAAGCAACUGAUUAAACAUGUGUUCUUCCCACAAGACAACGAAGAACGAGAAGCGAAACCGGACCACGGUUCAGGCCGGAACAAGCCACCUCCGGCGGAGGAGAUCGCCAUUCCAUCCGUCGAGGACCUAUUAAAAUCAGGAGUCCGUUUCAUCCCCACCAAUGGGAACAUAUCCAAAAUUACAUUUGACCCCAACACUGUCACAUUCCAUCUCCCAACCGUCACAUUAGACAUCAACACAAAGGUUGUCUUAAGGAACUUGGUCGCAUACGAAGCGUCGAAAGCAUCGGGGCCGUUGGUUUUCACACGAUACACCGAACUAAUGAACGGGAUCAUCGAUACCGAGCAAGAUGUGAAGCUACUGAGCGAGAAGGGGAUAAUAUUGAACCAUCUGAAGAGUGAUGAAGAGGCUGCAGAGUUGUGGAACGGGAUGAGUAAAUCCAUCAGAUUGACCAAAGUUGCCUUCUUGGAUAAAGUGAUCGAAGAUGUUAACAAGUAUCAUAAUUACAGAUGGAAUGUUAAAGCCAGGAAAUUCUUCAAACAAUACGUAUAUGGUUCAUGGCAGUUGUUAACAUUGUUAGCUGCAAUUAUGAUUCUGAUUUUGUUGACAUUCCAGACCUUUUGCUCCGUUUAUAGCUGCUCUCGAGUAUUACGAAUUCAAGCCUAG